CGCUCCCGCAUCAUCGCCGAAAAGAAAGAAAAAGUGAUUCGCCCGCCAUGAGCGACUCCAAGAUCCCGAGCGACCCCCCGCCCGAGUACUCGCCGGCCGCGGCCGAACACGCGGCGGCCGGUCCCAAUGCCCGACCCGGCGCCCCCGUCCGGCGCCCGGUCCAGCCGCUCGACCUCCCCAUCAUCCGGCACCUCAACUCCAAGAGGGUCGUGCUCGCCUCGGCGUCGCCACGGCGCAAGGCGCUGCUACAGCAGGUGCGUACGUGCGUGCGCGCGGAUAGACACACCCCAGGCGGACCGACCGACCGACUGGACACGAUGUCCCCGUGACAAUUUCUCCUGCUGCGCUGAAACUGGUGGUUCGCGGACUGACUGAUGGGGGGGAAACCCACGCCCGGCCAGAUGGGACUGACCAACCUCGAAAUCACGCCGUCCGACAAGCCCGAAGACCUCGACAAGUCGGCGUACGGCCCGUGGGAGUACGUGGCCGAGACGGCGCGGCGCAAGUGCCUCGACGUGUACACAAAGUGCCUCGAGACGCAGCUGGCGUCCAUCCCCGACCCGGAUCUCGUCAUCGCGGCCGACACCGUCAUCGUGACGCGCGACGGGCGGAUCCUCGAGAAGCCACGGAGCGAGGCGGAGCACAUCAAGAUGCUGCGGCACAUGCGCGACACGGAGAUGCACCGGGUGCUGACGGCGGUGACGGUGCUCGCGCCGCGCGAGGACGCGCGCCACCCGGGGUACAGCAUCACGAGCCACACCGAGGAGACCAAGGUGUACUUUUGGGGCGAGGACGACGGGCUGCCCGACGACGUCAUCGAGGCCUACGUCCGGACGCGCGAGGGCGUGGACAAGGCCGGGGGCUACGCCGUGCAGGGCAUCGCCGGCAUGCUGCUGGUCGAGAAGAUUGACGGGAGCGUCGACAACGUCGUCGGCCUGCCGGUGAGGAGGUGCCUGUCCAUGGCUGAAAAGGUCAUUUUCCGGCAGGAUGAGGACGAGGGCGACGAGGAGCAGUCGGGCGACGAGGAUCUACUAUGAGGAAGGGGGGGAGGGGAGAUGGAGAGGCAGCGACGCCCGAACAGAACGGAAACAGGCGGGCGCGGGGAACUGCAUCUCGGGGCAAAAGGGGGAGGACAUGUGUUUUGUUGCUGGGCGACUUAUAUGUCGAUGGCACGACCAGGACGCUGGAGCGGCGACACCAGCCAAGCUAGAAGGGCGUAGUAGACACGAAUAUGGGGAAACAACCAAAAAAUAGACGAAAGCCAAAACAACCACCACUACUUCGUACGGAGGUUCUCUUGAAGUGGC